ACAAGUUUUGUUGUUGUACUUCCGAUGUAAAUGGCCUUGAAGAAAGUUACACAAAACUGUGGUAAAACUCCACAAGACGUCGACCGCUGUCCAUUCCGCUGUUCGUGAUGCAGACAUCUCAUGCCAAUGGCGCUUUCACCAGAGACUUAUGCGAUUGCGGAUCCAAUAGUGGGACGUCCGACGACAGCAGCGAAAAGUUAUACGAACCGGACUGGGUCGAAAAAAUCUCUCCAAAAGGAGAUUUGUUCUACGUCGAACCAAGUUAUCAGCACCCCAUAAAUGUCCACUCUACAGCCACAGGCUUUGAGUGCAAUGCGUCGCAGGCAAGCAGCACAACAACGAAGAGCUCCAAGUCCGACGCAAAGCAAACACUUAAAAGUCUCAUGGGGAAGAAGAAGCAUCGAAAUAGUUUGGAACCGACGAUAACUGAUAUGCCAAAGUCUGACAAGAAAAAUGGCACGUCGCUUCACGACCUUUUGAGGAGAGCCGAAUGCCAAGAAGUCUACCUCAACGUUGACCCGAAGCGUCAUAAUUACGGUAGGCGAGCUACACUAUGCGAAGCACUCUUCGGUAUCAUACCAGGACGUCUACCAUCACAACUUGCAGCGGCCGAGAUGCUCAACGAAGGAGCUCCCAUCAUGGUUCAAGGCCUUUUGCCCGACGGAGAAGCGAUGAAGUCGGGGAUGGUCAAAAUAGGGGACGUUAUGAAAAGCAUCGACGAUUUUGACAUCAACGAGGACAACAUAACGUUUGUCCUGCGGAAUAUCACAAAGCCUCAAAGAGUUAAAGUGUCACUCUUACGGCUCGCAGAAAAUGCACUUUCUGACUCUGUUAAGUUUCCCGUUCAGCUAAGCACACAGCAGCAGAGCUCCCUCAUGAAACAACUAAUGGGUGACAGAACCACGCUGGAGGAGACGAAACAGUGUCUUCGGAAGUAUCCCCACAUCUUCUUGUACCAAGAAUUGCAUAGUGACUCUUUCAAGCAGCAGGAGCCGAAUUCUGAAGACGAGCGAGUUUACCAGUAUCCAGAGUAUGACAGCACUCUUGCUAAGCUUAGAGGGAUGUUCGUCACACUGAGUAGCGUUAUUGGAGAUACGACUGCAACAAAGCCACGUUCCAGUGCACUGGCCAUAGAAGACACCCUCGUUCACGUUUCAUAUUUUCACGACGCAAACAGCAUUGCUAUACUCGCCCUGCCAGCUACCUGUGCCUCCGCUGAGCAGAUGCAAGAACACAUCGACGAAAUUGUCACUGUGAUUAGACUUCAGUAUGGCUCACUGUCUCGCGCAUUUCGAGACCAGGAAACGUGCGAAAACGUAGACCGCCUCUUCGACCUUUUCUUUAGCGCAACACUGACGGACUGUGAAGCGCCACGGAAAGAGGUGUUUGCACAUUCCCUACCGUGCGCAGCGUGGCUCCCUCUCCCAACAAACAUACAAGCACGGACAGAUUCCGUACUCAGUGAGCUUGAGUCCGCAAACUUUGGUGACAUGAGUGAAGCUUUUUACGAGUCCCAAAGACUAUUCACAUUCGUUGGAUCCUGCUUGUUCUACAGGGGCCACCUCCUUGCGAGCCACCUUCCAAAGCAGCACUUUCUGAACGUCUUCCUCUUUUGCCGCCAUUACCAGCUUCUUCGGCUGACGAGUACGGAGUGUGUUGGCCAACUGGUCGUGUGGAGAGAGGUGUUCCUUCCCGAGCCAGAAAACUCGGAAAUGCGACACUUCUUACUCGUGACGGGUCUGAAGCACGGCCUCCUCUGUGCACUCCUCGAAGUGGGAGGUUGUUCCGCCGUUCCAGAAGCACACCCGGGCCCCGACUUGUUCUACGUGGACCAGGCUCAAAACACGUUACUUCAGCUGGAACUGAACGGAGUUCUGUCCGCGGCGGACACAUGCAUCGAAAAGCACGCACUGACCCUCGGACCACCUGCAGGGAAGGCUUCCGUUGGUAAAAGGGAAAAGACGGAGAAGUCUUUUAGCUCGACUAAUCUUUCUACGAUGGGUGCACCCUCGCCGAAGAGACGUACCAAAAAUGUCGACAGGGAGACGUGUCAAUUGCUGCGCUACUCAAGCGCGCACCUCGAUACGUUGGACAACGAUUUCUCCUUUGCAAGGAGCCACAGUAGUUGUGACAAUUUUGGCAACGGAUCGUGUAACCAACAUUGUUCCGCCUCUACGGGCUCUGAUUGCGAGUCGCGCACUAGCGGGAGCGACCUGAGGUUUGGGCGAGUAGCCUCCUGCAGCUACGACCUCAGCAGCCUUCGUCAGAGCCUCGAAGACUAUCAGAACCCGUCGACCUCACCUACACUGCCCAUUGUGCCAACGAGAGAGAACUUGAUCUUUCAUUACCUCCACGUCGACUUGGCGGAAGGAAUUUUUGUAGCUCCUGCAGAAAGCACGUCGUCUUUAGACGCUGAAAUACUUAACAAUUUCAACCGAAGCUGCCUAUCAAUUCGCAAGGUGUUAAGGGGGCCGUCAAAGACAGGAACCAAUGAAGAAACUCAGGGAAAUUUUGUAGCGGACAAAAAUUUCUCUUCCGUGAAAGAAUAUGGAGUUCUGUUCACAUGUGGUCAGGAAUUGGGUGCUAGAGGGAAAGGGAAGCAGCCGACAUCUUAUUGGGUUAUUGGACGGCUCUUCCCAGACAAACAUCAGCCAAGAGAAGUGUACGUGUGCAUUCACGAAAACGCAUCACCCAGUGCCCUCGAGACAGCCUUCAAGCUUUCAUUCGGUCGCCAGCUUUGAAGUUGGUUAGUGAGCCUGUAACCGUAAAGUGCUUUAAGAAAGGCAGCUAGUACUCCAUAUUACUAUUUUCCUCCAAACACGCACAUACAAAUCUUUACUAGUGCCCCCAAAUUGUCUUAGACCUUACGUGCAAGUCUUAGAUUUAUGGACGGACGGACAGAUCAAAGUUGUAGCAAACAUACGCCAUGUUUCUGUAUUGUGAGAGAACACUUAAAACUAGAGCUGUGCGAAUAGCAAAAUUUCCAUUGUGAAUCGAAUCCAAAUAAUUUCUUCAGGAGGCAAAUCAAAUUCGAAUAAUCAGAAAAGACCCAAUUUGAAUAAUUUGGAAUACCUCAUGGCGAAAUAUUUUGUGGUGUUGUGCUCAUUCGAUGAUCUGCUGCUCCAAUAUAUGGUGAGAGAAGGGUCCCUCCAUGUUGUGUAUGGUAGACUGCAUUAGUGGGAUGAACUGCGUUGAGAGUUAGUCAGCAUGAUCCAUGCAGCCUGCUUUGUGUGCAUCUCCUCAUUUCUAUGUUUACAUCGUGAAUUUCCUGUACUCUUUUUUUUUAGGAACUGCACAUAUUUCCAUCUGUUACUGAACAUAACUCUGAAAGGUGGGACUACAUUUACUGCAACAUGCAGUGCCCAGAGUACAGUGUUGACCAUGAGGUCACAGAAGCUGUAGACGUUAGUGACAGAAUACUGUAAGCAGUGUAAAGCAGGCUUCACCUAACAAUCGAGUGUAACGAUGUGAAGCCGGCUUGCAGAAUGCAGCCAAAAACAAUGGCGGUAAUGUGAAGUGGGCUUCACCUAACUCUUCUCUUCAGUACUAUUCGAAAAAUAUUCGAAAAUUUUGAAUACUGAAAAUGGGUUGCAAAGAGCAUUCGAAUAGCAUCAGAUAUUCGAAAUUUUGAAUAUUUGCACAGCUCUACUUAAAACUGGAUCUUGAAACUAUUUUGCAGUACAUGUGAGCACCGUCGGAGAUAUAAGCACGUCUGAAGCACCCGUGAUAGUCUCAAGCACAGAGGGAAGUAUGCCUGCUAACUUUCUGGCUCUACACAAACAUGCUGAGCAUGUCCGCAGCCAAUAGCACCAUGUACAUGAUAUUUUUAGGUGUCUCCUUCUCAGGUAGCUUGCUCAUUUUUAAAUACACUUGAUUCCCAUUUUGUGUUUGUGCACAAUUUUCUACUUUCAGCUCAUUUAUUUAUAGCACAUCUUCAUCCUCUUUCAGAGCAAUCCGAAUCAGAACAAUAAAUUAUCAAGUACUUCA